AUGGUUUCUGUCAACCUCAACUCGGUUACGCCGUUCGACACACCUGAACACAUCAUCGAUCCCAUGUCCGACACAUGGCGAGUUUCAUAUCAGGGACAGCCCUCCUUCCCUCUUCAAAACUGGCACGCCGGUCAAGGUGGCAUGCACAACACAGAUCUUCGCAUGUUUCAAGAGGAUCGAUUCGACGACGCAUACGCCGGCAACACACCCGCAAUGCUCUCGCCGCACUUGAGUUAUGCAAGCGACGCCGACUGGACUUCCGAUUAUGACGUUCACUCGCCUUCAACAAUGACCUUCGGCACACCGUCCUCGGAAGUGUUCCCGUCUCUGCCUUUCACCGACUCGAAGCACAAUCUCCAGGUGCCUUCAGCACGCUCAGUAGGAGCUUCCUCGACUCACAGCCCAACGAGCUCAUACGACGGCACCAGCCCGCAGGUGCCCGCGGCAAGCCUAUACGAAUCAUCCCGACCUCUCAUUGCCCGUUCAAGCACCGCGCCAGAGGUAGCCACAAGACGAAGACUGCAGCAGGUCACAUCCUGCCCUACAAGCCAGAAAUUGGCUGGGAGUGAGGGCGAAGAAGAAGAUUUCGUUCUCGAUGGCGACAGCAAGCAACGCAGCCGAAAGCGGCAGCGCAUUCCCCACACAGCUGUGGAGCGACGAUAUCGUGAAGCCUUGAAUGCCGGCAUCAAAUCGCUGCAAGCCACGGUCGUCGCAUCCAAGUCCGCCACCGGUGGCUCCCCUAUACUGGCUGACGACAAACCAAGCAAAUCCACCAUCCUUCAAAGCGCAAUCCAACACAUCCAGACACUGUCUGCAGAUAAUCUGGCAUUGAUGAAAGAAGCAAGCGCGAUGAAAGCUCGAUUGGCGGAGAUUGAAGGAUGGUAUGCAAGUCAACAAGCCGGAUACUGA